CAAACCUGUCGAUUCAAAACCCUAAGCCGAAGCCUGAAACUGCCAACGAUACAAUUUCAAAAUUUGAACUUGGCGCUCUUGCUAUUUCGGCAAUUCAUCUCCCUCUGGAUCUCCAAUUUCAUAGCCUUUCUUCAUUCUCUACACAGUCAAUUCCAUCCUUCCAAUAAGAAACAAAAGAAAAUGGGAGCCGCUAACAGCCGCGAAGAGCUCUUAUCGGAUUCCGACACGGAGUACCAAGAAGAAACUGAAGACGAAAGCUUCGCAACGCCAGAGAAAUCAUCCUCCGGGCACAGACCUAAAACUCCUUCGUCUUUGGACGACGUUGAGGCCAAGCUCAAGGCCCUCAAGCUUAAAUACCCAUCUACAGCAACCCCACCAAGCGAAAAACCCAAUUUGAAAAAUGCUGUCAAGCUCUACCUCCACAUUGGCGGAAAUACUCCCAAAGCCAAAUGGGUCACAUCGGAGAAGCUCACCUUUUAUUCCUUCUUUAAGACGUCCAAAAUCGGCAGUCAGGAAGAUGAAGAUGAGGAAUCAGAAUCGGAAUCUGAAGGGGAAGGUUGGUGGGUGUUGAAGGUGGGUAAUAAAGUUAGAGUUAAAAUUGCUGCUGAUAUGCAAUUGAAGACUUUUAAGGACCAACGUCGCGUUGAUUUUGUCGCGCAAGGAGUUUGGGCUAUGAAGUUCUUUAGUGACGAGGAUUAUGGGGAUUUUAUUAGUAAGUAUCAAGAUUGUUUGUUUGAGAAUACUUAUGGGUUUGAGUCCAACGAUGCCAAUAAGGUUAAGGUUUACGGGAAGGAUUUCAUUGGAUGGGCUAACCCUGAAAAGGCUGAUGACUCUAUGUGGGAAGAUGCAGAAGAUAGUUUCUUGAGAAGCCCUGAACCAGCAACUCCAGUUAGGGGUAAUCAAGAUUUGAGAGAGGAAUUUGAGGAGGCUGCAAAUGGAGGGAUACAGAGCCUGGCAUUGGGUGCAUUGGAUAAUAGUUUCUUGGUAGGUGAUUCGGGCAUUCAGGUUGUUAAAAAUUUUAGCCAUGGGAUUCAUGGGAAAGGUGUUUGUGUCAAUUUUGGCGGUGAGAACCAAAGGAGUGGUUCAAAGCUGGCACCUAAGAAGGCACUUCUUAUGCGUGCUGAAACUAACAUGUUGCUUAUGAGUCCAGUUGCCGAAGGCAAACCACAUACUAGAGGUUUGCAUCAGCUUGACAUUGAGACUGGGAAGAUUGUUACACAGUGGAGAUUUGAGAAGGAUGGAACUGAUAUUACAAUGAGGGACAUUGUAAAUGAUACCAAGGGGGCUCAGUUGGAUCCAUCAGGGUCAACAUUUUUGGGAUUAGAUGAUAACAGGCUUUGUAGGUGGGAUAUGCGUGACCGAAAUGGGAUUGUUCAGAAUCUUGCAACUGCUAGUUCCCCUGUCCUGAAUUGGGCACAAGGGCAUCAGUUUUCAAGAGGAACAAACUUCCAGUGCUUUGCAAGCACUGGUGAUGGAUCAAUUGUUGUUGGGUCUCUAGAUGGGAAGAUACGAUUGUACUCAAGCAAUUCUAUGAGGCAGGCAAAAACAGCUUUUCCUGGCCUGGGAUCACCUAUUACUCAUGUUGAUGUUACUUACGAUGGGAAGUGGAUAUUGGGUACCACUGAUACCUAUUUGGUACUCAUCUGCACUCUGUUUACGGACAAGGAUGGUAAGACAAAGACAGGUUUCAAUGGUCGAAUGGGAAAUAGGAUUGCAGCACCCAGACUGUUGAAGCUAACUCCAUUGGAUUCACAUUUAGCUGGGGUUAAUAACAAGUUUCGCAACGCUCAAUUUUCAUGGGUCACAGAGAAUGGGAAGCAGGAGCGCCAUUUGGUUGCAACGGUUGGCAAGUUUAGUGUGAUAUGGAACUUCCUGCAGGUAAAGAAUGGGUCACACGAGUGCUACCGCAAUCAAGAGGGCCUGAAGAGCUGCUAUUGCUAUAAGAUAGUCUUGAAGGAUGAUUCCAUUGUUGACAGUCGUUUCAUGCACGAUAAGUUUGCAGUCUCUGAUUCUCCUGAGGCUCCGCUGGUGAUUGCAACACCUUUGAAAGUCAGUUCCUUCAGCAUAUCCAGCAGGCGAUGACAUGACAUGAAGAUGCUCCGACAGUCUUCAGUGUCAUUAGCAAUGUAAUUCAGAUGGUUUAUAUUAAACCUUCUUAAUUGUAUUUUACAUUUUUGUUUAACCAAGAUAAGCUUGGAUUAUCUUAAGGGAAGGAUGCUGUCUAAUUAAGUUGUACAAGAUUUCUACGUAAUUGCCAGUUAUUUGAUGACAUGCAGCUUUAAUUUUGUAUUAUUUGUCAAAGAAUCAACUUCUGUGAUUUGUUCUUUCA